ACAGCCUCCGCUGCUGGAAGAAGAGCAAGAGGAGAAAAAGAAUACGAAACAUGGAGAACUAAAGUUAGAAAGGAGUGGGGCAGGAGAACCAGAUAGUGGAGAACCAGCACCACAGAAGAAAGGUGGCUCUGUGACUGACAUGUCCCCACAAAACCAGCCGAUGACAAAUGGGGAUCAGAAGCCGGUGACUGACUCGUCCAGCGAACAGUCAGAAUCAAAACGAGGUGGCAUACGAAUGACCAAAAAGCUAUUGAGAGAUGUCUGCAAACAGCACAAGUUGUACAUGACCCCGUGCUUGAAUGACACCCUGUAUCUCCAUUACAAAGGAUUCGACCGUCUGGAGAACCUGGAAGAAUAUACAGGGCUCAAGUGCCUGUGGCUGGAAUGCAAUGGCCUGACCAAGAUCGAGAACCUCACCACUCAGACCGAUUUGCGUUGCCUCUACCUGCAUCUCAAUCUGAUCCAUAAAAUCGAGAACCUUGAACACUUGCAAAAGCUGGACUCGCUCAACCUCAGCAACAAUUACGUCAAAACCAUCGAAAACCUCUCUUCCUUGAAAGUGCUGCACACUCUGCAGAUCGCUCAUAAUAUGUUGCAGACGGUGGAAGACAUCCAGCACUUGCAGGAAUGCCCAAGCAUCUGUGUUCUUGACCUCUCCCACAACCGGCUGGAGGAUCCCAAUAUUUUAAAUGUCCUGGAAACCAUGCCUGAUUUGCGUGUGUUGAACUUAAUGGGAAAUGCCGUAAUUAGGAAAAUUGCCAAUUAUAGAAGAACACUUACCAUCCGACUGAAACAUUUGACGUAUCUGGAUGACAGGCCCGUUUUCCCAAAGGACAGAGCGUGUGCGGAAGCCUGGGCUGCAGGGGGGCGAGAAGCUGAAAAGAAAGAAAGGGAAACGUGGGAGACCAAAGAAAGAAAGAAGAUCCAAGACAACCUCGAUGCUCUCACUGCCGUCCGGCAAAGAGCCAUGGAGAAGAAGAGGCAGCGUGACAUGGAAGAAAGAAACAGAACAUCAGCAGGCCAACAAGAAGGUGACACCCCAUCUCCAAGCAGUGACAUUGUCCCCAGCAAUGCGGUAGCGUCUUUGGAUACUGUGGAAAAGAUGGAAACAGAGCAGAAGAUUGAGAAGUUUGUGAAGGAAAGCCUGGAGGCCCACGAAGAAGCCCUGGCUGCAACAGCAAACUUAGAACAUCCGUUGGGUGGACCUGAAAGUAGUAGCCCUUUGGAGAUGCCAACAGAAAAGAUGGCCACACCAGGACCAAAGCUUACUGAACUCCCUGAUCCGGCACAUAUUGAAGAAAUUAAGAUGGAGGCACCAGAGAAACUCUUCCUUGAUGAAUUGCCUGAUUUGGAAGAUGUAGAUUCCAGCGACACUUUGGCAGAGGAGGAGAUUUUCACUAAAAAGCAAACUUCUCCAAAGAUUGAAGUGAUUUCUGAAGCCAACGAGGAUGAAGAAGAUGAAGGGGAAACACUAAUUUCUGAGGUUAUCGUGCCAGAAGAGAUCCCAACCGCCAUCUUUUCGAAUGAAAAUAAGGUCCCCGGGGCUGAUGCCAAGGAGCCCUUGCUACCCAUCAUUGCCGACCUCCUAAUGCAAGAAAAGGGGGACUCUGGAGGGCAUCCAGACCAGCCCUUGAAGCCCUUAAUUGAAGAAAUGCCUCCAGAACCUUAUUGAAUACUCCACUUCAAAUAACCAUUUUGCUUGUUAUAGAUCGUUUGUCAAUCUGGCAACAAGUUGGACCCUCCAGGUGUUUUGGACUUCAACUCCCACAAUUCCUAACAGCCUACCGGCUGUUAGGAAUUGUGGGAGUUGAAGUCCAAAACACCUGGAGGACCAAAGUUUGCCUAUGCCUGAUGUAAGCCAUCAAAAACAAGGAAAAUUCUUGCAAUUUGUGACAACAUAUGUAAGCCAUGUUCGGCCCACUUUAAGUGUAUUAAGACUUACCUGUCAGCCAUGUUUGCUAUUGAAGCAGUUUAGUUUCCGGCAUCUUUUAUGUUCCCCUUUAGCUUUGUGUACAAAAAUAUUAGUAUGGUCGGACCAAAGCAAAGUGAAUUUAAGUCUAAAUGAUUCAAGAGGCUGCCAAGUCUUUUCUCCCUUUGUAUUCAGCUUCGGUUCUGCAGGAUUGUGUUUGGUUUGCAACUGGUCACAGAGUUUCUCUGCUUAGUUCAACUACGUGUUUGUUUUUAAUUUGUUGUUCAGUUGAAAUAAAAGCCUUUGUUCUCAGCU